AUGUCCAGUUUUAAGUCUAAUAAGAAGCCCUGUCGUAGGACCCCGGUUGAUAGCUUCAGCUGUGGGGGAUGGACAAGCCUUCCAAUGCUUGUUUUUUUGAUUCUGGAUAAGUUAUUAGAACCCAUUGACCAUGUUCGUUUUGCUGCUGUUUGCAAGCAUUGUCGUUCUAUGUCCGAACUCUAUAAUCAUGCAACGCAACGGUGGCGCAAUAAACAACUUCCCCCCAUGCUCUUGAUCCCAAAGCAGGACGACAACUACCGAAGGGUAGUGUACAGCAUUUCUGAAGGAAGAAUCUACAACAAUAUUCGACUGCAAGUGCCUUUUAGCAGGAGGUGUUGUGGCUCUAGCCAUGGUUGGUUUGCCACAUUAGAUGUUGAGCAAAGACUUCCCGUGGUAGUACUCAGGAACCCUUUCACAAAAGCAAAGCCCAUCUUUCUCCCUCCCUUGAGAACCAUUAUCUCACACGAUGACCCCCCUUACCAUGAGCAGUACGUUCGUAAGGUUAUCUUGUCUGCUGAUCCCACUAUGAAUCCGGAAAAUUAUGCGGUUGUAGCACUUUACGGUCGCUUUUUCAUGUUGGCUUUCAUCAAGGCAGGCCAAAACAAUUGGACUUACCCCAUCCCAAAUGGUAUAUUUGAUGAUGUUAUAUUCUAUAAAAGCAAAGUGUACGCACUUGAAACCUAUGGAGAGAUUGAGUCAUUGGAUGUUUUUAGCAGUGACUCGCCACGGCUAAAGCUACGCACACCUUAUAAACCAUUCCCAUCUUGUAAAUUUUUGCAUGCAUAUCUUGUGGAAUCAACUAAGGGAGACUUGUUGCAUAUCCUAAGAUUUUAUGCGUCAAGUGAGGGUCGUUUCAGGUAUGAUGCUAGGCGGCAGACUACACACUUCAUCGUUUACAAGUGGGUGUAUGAAGAUGGAGGAUCUAUUGGGCACAAGGUUGAGGUGAAAAGCAUUGGAGAUGAGGCUCUGUUCGUGGGUGGCAAUCACUCAAUCUCUGUUUUAGCUUCAAAGUUUCCUGAAUGCCAGCCAAAUUCCAUAUAUUACACCGAUGAUUAUUUUUCAAAUUGGCCAACAUUACACAGUGAUGAACCAUUUGAUAUGGGUAUCUUCAACUUGGAGGACGGAACCAUCACACAACAUUACUCUCCACACUCCAAUUCUCAAAGAGCAAUUUGGGUUGUGCCACCGUUUAAUGGACUAUGA